AUGGAAGGGUGUCAACAUUACAUUUGCAGAUGUGCUUAUGUCUCUCCAUGCUGCAAAAAGAUCUAUGUUUGUAGAUUGUGCCACGACGAUGUCGAGCAACAUGAAAUUGACAGAUUUGCCGUCCAAGAAAUAGUCUGCCUCAAAUGUGACGAACACCAACCUAUACGAAGGACGUGUAUAAAAUGUGAGGUAGUAUUUGGCAAUUACUUCUGUGAGAUUUGCAGACUGUACGAUGACAAUGACAAGAAGCAGUUCCAUUGCAUGCAAUGUGGUAUAUGCAGAAUCGGUGGUAGGGAGAAUUUCUUUCACUGCCCUAAAUGUGAUAUGUGCCUCUCCAUUAAUAUCAAAGAUUCGCACAAAUGUGUGGAGGGUGUAUGCAAAUCCAAUUGUCCAGUUUGCAUGGAUAACCUACAUACAACGCGUGAAAAGUUGAAUGUCCUUCCAUGUGGACACAUCUGCCAUGAACGAUGCUUUACAAACCUCUUCAAAUCUGGUAUUUAUGCCUGCCCGGUUUGCUGCCAAUCAAUGUGUGACAUGUCUCAUCACUGGCGGGUUAUGGAUAUAGAGAUUGAACAAGUUGAGAUGCCGAACGAGUACAAGGACAAAAAAAAUUGGAUACUCUGUAGAGAUUGCCACAAGGAAUGUGAUACCAAAUUCCAUGUGAUAGGUCUCAAGUGCUUGCAUUGUGGUUCCUACAACACUUGUGGCGCAGACAGGCCUGCUGGUGCUGAUGCUGCUGCUGCUAAUGCUACUACUGCUCCGACUACUACUUUUACUAGUACUUCUACAACUACUACUCCGACUACUACUACAUCUACUAGUAUUACGGCUACUACUACAACUUCUAGUACUACUGCCGCCUCUACGGCUACUACUGCAACGUCUAAUACUACUACUGCCACUACGGUCACUACUGCAACUUCUAGUACUACUGCCGCUACUACGGCUACUACUGCAACUUCUAGUACUACUGCUGCCGCCACUACGGCUACUACUGCUGAUGCAACUGACCCACCGGAUACUGAAUAA